AUGUGGCGGCUCGCCGUGAUCAUCCUCCUUCUCGUCGGAUCCGCCCGAGGGGGCGACGGGUCGGAGGGAGGCUUCGCCGACCCGUCGAGCGGCUCCGUUGACUGCGCGGCGGUAUACCCCGGCAUUGACGAGGCGUGCUGCCGCGCGCUGUCAUCCAACGCCAGCUCACACCUGCCGAUGGUUCGUCGACCUUUAGCACGGAUGGCCUACGCGUCGGGGUCGUCCCUCCCGUACGACGCGGGGCACUACACCACCUGCGUCAACACGGAGGGCGCCGGUUACUUCACGCUCGCGUGGCACGUCGACGGGAGGGAUAUCCCGGUCGCCGAGCUCGGGCUGUGCCUUCCAGCCGCGUGUCGCAAGGCGGACGUGGAGAAGCUGACGGGAGCGGUCUCGAAUGGCGGCAUAUCCGCGGGCGCCAUCGCGAACGGCACCCAAGAGGCGGUCGCCAAGGCGGAGGCGAUGCUUCGUCCAUUCGGCACGAGCUUCUGCGCGAGAGCCGGUGCCGACUCGGCGGCGGCGGCGCACUGCAGGGAGUAUCGCGCGGUCAUCGCCGUCAUGGACGCGGCGGCGGCGAUGGCGAAUGAGUUGGCGAGCGACGACGGAGGCGGCGGCGGGGUCUCCUUGGGACCCUUCACGCUCGGCGAGGACGCGACGGUGCGGCUGCGGGUAGCGUCGUCCGCGGAGGACCGCGUGGGAUUCUUCACAAACGCAAAGUCGGGUUGGGCGGCGUUCUUCGCGGUCGUUCUCGUCGCGCUGGUCGCGGUCGCCGUCGUCGGGACGGCGCUGGACGCGUUCGAGGCGGCCGGCGGGGAGGCGCGCGAUGGGACCGUGUCGGAGCCGCUGUUGGGCGACGAGGAGGAUCACGGAGAGGAAUCCGAGGAGGAUCACGGAGAGGAAUCCGAGGAGCUCGUCGAUGCCGGGGACGGGGGCGAUCGGGACGGGCAGUCGUCUCGGGUUCCAAAUCAGAUAGCGGAUGGGUUGAAGAUGUUCUCCAUUCGAAGGAACUGGCCGAAGCUGGUGGCGGCGCCAGCCGAGCCGUCACCGACGGACUGUCUCAACGGGAUGAGGGUUCUAUCCAUGGUUUGGAUCGUCCUGGGACACACGAUGAUGAUGCCCGCGCCGUUGAACGGCUUUGAUAACCCGGAGGAUCUCGUCGCCAGUUUCGGCGCCAGGUCGGAAGUUUGGUUCAUGACCGUCAUCGGCGGGCAGAUCGCAGUUGACAGUUUUUUCUUCUUGGGCGGCUUUCUCAUUGCGUACCUCGGCGUUCGGGACCUGGAGAAGAGGGGCGGGAAGAUACCGUACGGCGCUAUGGUUUUGCACCGAUACAUCAGAAUCACCCCGGCUUUCGCGUUUACGAUGGUGUUCUAUUCGCAGAUUGUGUCCAGGAUCGGCGAUGGACCGUUCUUCGUGAGGUAUCAGCAAUCCGUCUUCCGGCGGUGCGACAACGCGAGUUGGGUAACCUCCCUCCUGUACCUCCAUAACUUUGUUCCCUUUGAUUCGGAUCAAGUCUGCAUGGGGUGGAGCUGGUACCUCGGCUGCGACAUGAUAUUCUUUGUUAUGUCUCCUGGCCUGCUUCUGCUGCAUCACCACCGUCCGAAAGUAAUGUGGACGGUGAUGAUAGCCGUGGCAUUGGCCUCCUCUGUCCUCACGGUGCGCUCAUUCAUAUCCCUUUCUCUGCCCGCGGAUCUGUCCUACGCAAUGAUUACCGAAUUACUUGAUCUUAUCUUAUGA